CUCGGACUUCAUCUAAUCCCCGGGCCUUUAGACUAAAAUCAUGCCCAAGUACAAACAGCGAAGAAGAAAGUUAAAAGCCAAAGCCAAAAGAUUAUUCAAGAAGAAAGAAGCCUCUCACUUCCAUUCCAAGCUACUUACAUUUCCCUCUCCACUGCCUUCAUCAGAAAAAGUAGUUACUUCUUCAACAGACAUACCCCAAAGUAGAAACUGGCUAAAACCAUCCUGCAACUUCAAGUUUCCCAACAUCAAAGAUGCAGUCAACCUUUGGACAAAUAAAACAUGGUAUCUAUACAAUUGGUGCCAGAGCUUCAUAGCCCAGAGUUUAGAAGUACUGAAAGAUACCAUCUUCCCAUCUCGAAUUUAUCACCGAGAACUUCGCAGUCUGAAACAACAAUUAUGCAUAUUGGAAGACGAGUUAUGCAAGCUUCAAGAAACACUGAAGACUGUGUCCGAAAAUUCUUGUCUACACCGCUGUCAAACAUGUCACAUGAGUGGUACACUCACAAAAGAUCCUGCCUGUGCUCCAGUUACCCCUGGAGAAUCCCAGGUCGCACUCCCUCCCACAGUGCCAGAGCCAGCCAGCCAUCCUCCUCCCCCUCCCCCUCCUCCUCCACCACCACCCCCUCCACCUCCUCCUCUUCCCCCUCCCCCACCACCACUGGCACCUUUGCUGCUCAGAAAAUCUGCUGCUACUAAAACACUUCAGACUGGACCAUUAAAAAAAGAAGGACCCAUGCAUAUAACAGUUAAAGAUCUACUGACUGUGAAAUUAAAGAAGACUCAGAAUAUUGAUGAAAGGAGGAAGCUUAUGCCAUCACCAAAGGAAUGGAAUCCACUAGUUACUGUCACCGACCUACAACGUGUUACACUGAAGCCUAACCCCAAAGUGUUAUCAACACGAGUUACAAAUCUGGCUCACCCUAGAAGUCCAACACAGACUCAACCACUUCCGACAAGCAGCUUUGAUGAACAAAACUGAGGCGGACCUAUCUGG